UUGAAUCUGUGGGCCCUCUGAUGGCGUCAUAAUCCCGCGCCUGAACCUGGCUCUGGUUGAAGCAGCUAAGGCGGCAGCGGCGGCGACAGCUCUGGGGUUCGCGUCUCGGGGUGUGUCGGCCGCCGCUGCUGCUCCGGCCUGGAAUGUACAGAUGGCUGGCUAGGGUUCUCGGCACCAUUCUCCGCUUGUGCGAGCGGCCCGCGCCCGGGGCUCGCGCCCUGCUCAAGAGGCGGCGCUCGAGCAGCACUCUGUUUUCUACUACAGUGGACACUGAUGAAAUCCCAGCUAAAAGACCAAGAUUAGAUUGCAUCAUUCACCAAGUGAAAAGCGGUUUCUACAAUGCUGCGAGUUUACUUGGAUUCCCAUGCCAGCUGACCACAAAACCCAUGGUGUCUUCUGCUUGUAAUGGAACACGGAAUGUGGCCCCUGCAGGAGAGGUAUUUUCGAGCUCUUCGUCUUGUGAACUGACGGGUUCUGGAUCCUGCAACAGCAUGCUGAAACUGGGUAAUCAGUCUCCUAAUGGAAUAAGUGACUAUCCAAAGAUCAGAGUGACAGUGACCCGAGAUCAGCCACGUAGAGUCCUGCCUUUUGGUUACACAUUGAAAUCAGAAGGCUAUAAUAGAAGACCAAGUGGUCGUCGCCAUAGCAAAAGCAAUCCAGAGAGUUCCUUAACAUGGAAACCUCAGGAGCAGGGUGUAACAGAGAUGGUUUCGGAAGAGGGUGGCAAGGGUGCAAGGCGUCCCCAUUGCACAGUGGAGGAGGGUGUCCAAAAGGAUGAAAGGGAGAAAUACCGAAAGUUAUUGGAGCGACUUAAAGAAGGUAGUCAUGGAAACACUCUCCCUUCCGUAUCUUCACAUCAUAGUUCUCAGAGAAGUCAGAUGGACACAUUAAAGACCAAAGGCUGGGUGGAGGAGCAGAGUCAUGGAGUCAGAACAACCCACUUUGUUCCGAAACAGUACAGAGUUGUUGAAACAAGGGGACCUCUCUGUUCAAUGAGAAGUGAGAAGAGGUACUCAAAAGGGAGAGCUGACACAGAGAAGGUGGCGGGGCUCCGAUUUGAAAAAGAAGGUACAAGGGUUCACCAAUUGGAACCUGAUCUGUCAGAAGAAGUGUCUGCUCGGCUGCGCCUUGGAAGUGGGAGCAAUGGCUUACUCAGGAGAAAAGUGUCCGUGCUUGAAGCGAAGGAAAAGAACUUCCCGAGCCGAGAAAAGGAGAGAAGAUCAGAUCUCUUUGAGCUUACAGAGGACAUGGAAAAGGAAAUCAGUAAUGCUCUGGGCCAUGGUCCACCAGAUGAGAUCCUAAGCAGCGCUUUCAAAUUGCGAAUUACUCGAGGAGAUAUCCAGACCUUAAAGAACUAUCAGUGGCUCAAUGAUGAGGUCAUUAAUUUUUACAUGAAUCUUUUAGUGGAAAGGAGUAAAAAGCAAGGCUAUCCAGCACUUCAUGCAUUCAGUACGUUCUUCUAUCCUAAAUUAAAGUCUGGGGGUUACCAAGCAGUGAAAAGAUGGACCAAAGGGGUAAAUCUCUUUGAACAAGAGCUUGUUCUGGUACCUAUUCAUCGGAAGGUGCAUUGGAGCCUUGUGGUGAUGGACCUAAGAAAAAAGUGUCUUAAGUAUCUGGAUUCUAUGGGACAGAAAGGCCACAGGAUCUGUGAGAUUCUUCUUCAGUAUUUGCAGGAUGAAAGUAAGACCAAAAGAAAUACAGAUCUCAAUCUCUUAGAGUGGACCCACUACAGCAUGAAGCCACAUGAGAUUCCUCAACAAUUGAAUGGGAGUGAUUGUGGAAUGUUUACUUGUAAAUAUGCAGAUUAUAUUUCUAGGGACAAACCUAUCACAUUUACUCAGCACCAGAUGCCUCUCUUCCGGAAGAAGAUGGUGUGGGAAAUCCUCCAUCAGCAGUUGCUGUGACGAUGCCCUGCCCUGGGCCUUCUAGCUGCUGGUGGUUCUUUCAUGGAUGUUUCCAUAUACCUCAUGCAUUGUGGGUCAAAAAGUCCCCGUAUCAUUUCUGUUCUCACAGGUACUGAGCUAUCAAGAGUGCAUGAAGGCCUCUCCACAGUAGCCCUGACUCGAGGUGUGGAGGGGCUGCUUGCAACCCUGUUUGUAAGGCUGUGCCUGCUCAGAGCCCUGGACUGUUCACCCCAUAAAGAACAAAUGCUAAUUAAUGUUUUUUGUUUUCAAGAGUUAUUUCCAUAUGAAUGUGGGAAAUGCAGGACUUGUUCUAUGAAUUGUUGUUUCUGUAUAUUUGUUCGCGUGUACUCACUCACCGCCCAUUUGCAAACACUGGGCAGUGCCCUUCCUCACUGCUCUUUAUAAUUAACGAUAAAUAAUUUGUUAUGAACUAUUUAUUUCUGAAAAGAAUGUUAAUCAGACUUGCCACUCCCUGCUGCAGAGGGACGAAGCGGGUGUUGACUAGCUUCUCUGAUGCUGGAGUAGGAACUGCCGACAUGGUUAAAGUUCUCUUUUGAGACUUGAAGAUGCAGAAGAAAUGACGAUGCUGUUGUAGGGAUCUGCUGCCUUUUAGAAAAGCACAGUGCGUGGAGAUGUGGCCAAGGAACUCAAUCUGUGCAGCCUCAGAACAGCGUGCGCUCAUCUUAGAGACUUCCUUUUCUAGAACUGAAGUAGCUUGGCUUCCUCUUGAAACUGGAUUCAAAGUAACUGUGACCAUAAAUGUUUCAUCGUAGGUGUGGUUGAGUAUGAACCUCACAAUGGUAAAGGGCUGGCCUGAACUGUCUAUUUCAGAAGAUACUCCUCAAUUUAUGCCUAUUUUUCCUCAGAGUUUUUUAAUAUAUAUAUAUAUAUAUAAAUAAAACUGAAAUUAAGUUCUUGGCUCAUUAGCAUGCCCUACUCCAGUCCCACUGAGCCUCCGGAGAGAGAUUUAGUACCUGGCUCUGAGGUUGCCCGUUUUACAGUCAUCUAUUUUGCAUAUGAAAGUUUGUAUUUAACUUUUUUGUUCAUUAAAAAUCUUACAGAUGUG